GACAAAUUAUCUUAUAGCGAACCAUGUCUCAACCAAUCAAAAUAUAUCACAACCCCGCUUGCGGUACUUCUAGAAACACCCUUGCUAUGAUCCGCAAUUCUGGACAGGAACCUGUAAUCAUUGAAUACUUGAAAACACCGCCUUCAAGAGAGGAACUCAUUGGCUUGAUUCAGGAUUCGGGAUUAUCUGUACGUGACGCUAUGCGGAAAAACGUGGAACCUUAUGACACUUUGAAACUGGAAGAGUCACAUUGGACAGAUGAGGAAUUGAUUUCCUCCAUGUUAAAGAAUCCAAUUUUGAUAAAUCGUCCAUUUGUUGUCACAGAGCUAGGCACAAGAUUGUGUAGACCUUCUGAGGUUGUCUUAGAUAUUCUUCCUACUCCCCAGCUUAGUGAAUUCAUUAAGGAAGACGGUGAAGUGAUCGUUGAUAAAAAACUGAACAAGAUUUGAAAAAGUUUAAGUCGAUACUGCAAGUAAAAGUUUCUAGCUUAAAUAAUCUUCAUAUAUAUUAAAUAUAUUUUGCAUUUAUAGUAGUCUUACUUGGAGGAAACAUUUUGAAACGGUUUUGGUACAGGUUAUUGUAAAUGCCACGGUUGCGACAGCACUCAUAAACU